CCCUGGCGACGGGCUGGAGCGGGUAGGCUCAGACGAGCGUGCGGCACGCAGAGGCUGUUUUAGGGAGCCGGGCCUCCCGGACUCCUGCCGCCACAGCCCAUGCUGCCGCCACCGCUGCCAUGGAAACUAACCCUGUAACCCAUGGAGAUAACGCGGGCUGCUAUGAGGCAGGUCCCCAAGGGGCGUGAGCGGCGUGUCGGACGGCAGCGCCGCUGUAAGCCGCUGUCCAGUCCGGCGACAGGGACAUGGGCCUCUUUCUCCGGGCUUCCAGCAGGCUCAGCACAAGCGACGACCCGGUGGACAGCGCCGAGAGGGACCCGGGGCCCCGCCUCCUCGCCCAGGACACACCUCCACAAGCCCAGCACCACAGACCAAGUCGGGAAACAGGAGAGGCAAUGAGGGGCUCCGAGGUGGACGAGAACGGCACUGUCCUGGGGGGCGGCCUGACGCGCGCACAGAGCAAGGAGCGGCUGGAGCCCAGUAUCGAGGAAGGCUGCUACGAUUGCAAAGGCGAACUCCAGAAGCAAACCUUAACGCCUGGACAGCCAGGAAGGAAGGCCAAGUCUAACGCAAAGCUAAAGUUAGUUCGGAGCCUGGCUGUUUGCGAAGAGUCCUCUCCUCCCUCUAGCACUGAACUGGCACGAGAGCACCAGGAUAAAAUCCAGAGUCACUUUCCCCAGCCGUUUGACAAAGAAGAACCACCCGUCAGAGAUGAAGACGAGAAACGGAAAAACACAGACAAGCUGGAGAAGUCAGAGAAGAUGCCCCGGAAGAUGCUUUCAAGAGAUUCCAGUCAGGAAUAUACAGAUUCCACUGGCAUUGACCUCCAUGAGUUCCUGGUAAACACCCUAAAUAACAACCCCAGGGACAGAAUGAUGCUGUUGAAACUGGAACAGGAUAUUCUCGAUUUCAUCAGUAAUAACCAGACUCAGAGGCGGAAGUUCCCGCCCAUGACGUCGUACCACCGCAUGCUGCUGCACAGGGUGGCUGCCUACUUCGGCCUCGAGCACAACGUGGACCCCACGGGCAAGUCUGUGAUCAUCAACAAGACCAGCAACACCAGAAUACCGGACCAGAAGUUUUCCGAGCACAUCAAGGACGACAAGGCAGAUGACCUUCAGAAACGGUACAUCCUGAAGCGGGAUAAUGCCAGCCUGGACAGGGAUGACAACCUGAUGCGUAUGCGGCUGAAGGAGGAUAGGAGGAGCAAAUCCAUAGAGGAACGUGAGGAGGAGUACCAGCGUGCCAGGGAGAGAAUAUUCGCACAAGAAGGUCCGGAGAGCUUUGCACUAGAUAAGAGGAUCCAGGAAGAUGAUGCGUCUAACAGCACCCAGCAAAGGCGCCAGAUCUUCAGGGCCAAAGACAGCCGGUCCGCCAGCAGCCGGCAGAGCAGCUCCGAGAAUGAGCCGAAGUACUCGGAACCGCGGCCGUGGAGCAGCACGGACUCGGACAGCUCCAACCGCAACCUGAAGCCCGCCAUGACCAAGGCCAGCAGCUUCAGUGGCAUCUCAGUUCUGAUCCGGGGAGACAGCUCAGGCAGCAGCAAGGGCACCAGCCGACUGUCCAAAACAGGUUCUGAGUCAUCUAGUAGUGUAGGCUCGUCCACGGGUUCACUCUCGCGCCCCCAGCCGGCGGCAGCGGCACCCCUACCUCUCCUGCCCCUAACCCCAGCCGGCCAUGCCGCGCCCGCCCCCGUGGCCUACCCCGGCGGCAGCUCCGUGUCCCGCGAGGGGGGCGGGGGCGGCCUGGCGCCAUCCACUGCUAACACUAGCUACUAUUUGCUUCCUCUGGAAGCGGCCGGCAUCCCUGCUGGCAGUAUCCUGGUGAACCCGCACACAGGUCAGCCUUUCCUCCACCCGGAUGGCAGCACGGUUGUGUACAGUUCCAGCAUGGCACCUCAACCAAGCAGGACCCAGCAGCCCCUCUCCUUGCCUCCACCGCCGCCUCUACCCGUGCCACACCCGCCUCAGUCGGCUAAUCACGUGCUCCCUCAGCCGAAUCGGUCCCUGCCGCCUCUGGCGCCGCCGCCGCUCCAGUUCUCCGUGGUGUCUUACGCAUCUCCGCUCCUGCCUGUCUCCUCUAACCAACAGUACACUGUGCAAGACAACCUGGGGGCUCAGUUCAGCCACAUGAGCCUGGCCCGGCAGCCCUCCGCCGAAGCCCCUGAAGGCCACACCGCUGUGUACCCCUCCUCUAUGGUGCUGCAGCCCGGGCAGCAGGGCGGCUACAUUGUGCCGCCCCCAGGGCAGCCCGUGCCCCCCACCUCUGCUUUCCCUGGCGCUGCGCCCUCCGCGGGCCAGCCUGUCGUGCAGCAGACCUACGUGCAGCAGAUGCCUGCAUGUUACUGUGCGCCAGCUCAGUACCCGCACUCCAGCCAGGCAUACCGGGCCGUCGCUCCCGUGCACUACGGCAACCCGCCAAGCCAGCCAAUGCCACAGCCGGUCCAGCCUGCAGCCUAUCAGGCCGUGCUGCAGAAUCCGACGCAGGGAUACCAGGGUGUUGUGGGAGUCCAGCAACCUCAGAAUCAGAACCUCGUCAGCAGCCAGCACAGCAAUAUGGGGUCUCAGAUGCAAGGCGUGAUGGUGCCGUAUCCCUCCCUGCAGCCUUACCAGGUGUCCGUGCCCCAGGGCUCCCAGGGUGUGACCCAGCAGACCUAUCCGCAGCCAAUCAUCGUGCCUGGCCAGUCAGUGCAGGGCCCACUGGCAGGACCCGGCGUGCAGGUGUACUACAGCGCCAUCCCAGCUGGCCAGCAGAGCGCCCUCAGUUCCUCCGUGAGUUUCCUGCCCCCCCCAGGCUCGGAGCAGAUGCAGUUUCCUCGGACCUCUUCCCCCUGCAGCUCUCAGCAGCUGCCUGGCCAGCAGUGCCCAGGCAUGCCCCCACCCCAUAGCAGUGGGAUGCUCAUGAUGCAGCUCGCCUUACCCCCCAGCCACCAGCCACGGCCCCACUCGCCCCCCCAGUGGAAACACAACAAGCACCACAGCCUAGACCACCAGAGAGGCUCCAAGCCGGCCGAGAUUGCCACUCUUGACUCCUCUCAGAGCAGCCCCCAGCUGGGCAGCCCCGCCCCCUCUCCCGCCCAGUCUCCUGGCCCCGCCCAUCUGACCAACAUGAAGAACAUACGUCCCGGUCUCGCCCCCGUCACCAUCAUGCCUCAGUUCAGCCGGCCCUUCGGCCCGAGUCAAGGUGAUACGAGGUAUCCCCUGCUCGGCCAGCCCCUUCAGUACAACCCCCCCAUUCGGCCCCCACUGCUUCACGGCCCCCACGUGGUCCCCAAUCACCAGGGACACGCAGCGAUCCGGCACAGUGGCAGGGCGAGGAAGUCAACACGGAAGGCACUGUCUUCAGAUCUCAGUGUAGGUGACCCAGUAAUGGGGAGGGUCCUGGAGGUGACCAGCCUGCCAGAGGGGCUGAGCCGUGCCGAGGCGGACGCCCUGCUCGCCGACCUCUGCAGAGUAGGGGCCACCAUCCGGUGGCUACCAGAACACCCCCAGCCGCAUGCGCACCGCGGCCCCGGGGAUGCCAGCGGCUCCCCCGACCGCCCGAAGCCCCCCCACACCCUGGCGUCCGCCUACACCAUCCUGGCUUUGUUUCCCUCCAGACACGCAGCGCAGAGCGCCCUGGCCAAGCACGGCGGCGGCGGCCCCGCUGCCUUCAGGCUCAGAACUAGCAAAAGACACUUAGAGCUUCCCAACCUGGAGAGGGCCAGCUCCCAGUGAGGGUUGGGCCGUCCCCUCGUCCCCCGGCACCUGUCACUUCCCGUUUCAGUCACUCCCCACUUCCCGUUACCCACUGAGUUGGUUUGAUAUCAUGGGUUUUCACUUAUGAGAGACUUUGGGAAUUUUGUCUUUGUGUUGUUCUAGCGAUUUGAAAACGAGUUUAUUCUGUGGGAGUAUUCAAAACCAAGAAUGCAGUUCCAAAUAUUAACCCAUUUUUUCAGAAUUGACUGGAACAUAUCAAAUGGCAGCGGGUACUUUUUUUUUUUUUUAAUUUGUUUUAUAUUUGAAAUUCUGUUAGGCCCAGGCGGGCAGUACAGCUGCAUCCUUUCCCCAAUUCCACAUUUUCUUGCCUAGUUUAGUUUUUAGUCCGUCAAAAGCCAAAAAUCUACCUGAGGAUAUUCUGUGCUGGGUCUGGACCCCAGGGACUAGUCUCCCACGAGCCGGUUAUUGUUCACUGUGGUCAGUUUACAUGAAUCAUUACCGAACUGCCAAACAUUUUUCUUUUGGUGCCUUCUACCACGAGUCCAGAGAAAUCAGUCUUUUAAAAUGUAGAACCCCCGACACUGUACAUAAUUUAUAUAAUCUAAAUACUUAAGUCCUCGUGGCGAACGUUAUGGUGGUAACAGGCACAAAUGAAAGAAAAUAUCAAGUUAAAUAUUCCUGGUUUUAAUCUAAUUUAUGACUCUGAAUCUUCCUGACGGCAUGUUUUAGCAACCCGAUCGGGAUGUCGUCCUCUACCCUACCGUGUCAUCGCCGCCAUCUUCUCAGAACGAGGCCAACACUUCCGGUUUCUUAGUUAAUCUUUUUAAAUUAUGUCCUCCUUGAAGGACUACUGGAAAAUCAAAAGUUUGCACAUUUAUACUGUGGAUUUCUUUUAUUCCAAUUCAAGACGGCUGUACAAUUUUUGCUGGUGCAAAUCAUUUUUAUUUGAAACCAAUAAAUGUUUACACCAAACGA